CGGGCGGCGUCGCUGGGAUGUCGCGGGGCCGGGAGCGCGUGGUGGCCCUGGUGGACAUGGACUGCUUCUUCAUGCAGGUGGAGCAGCGCCUCGACCCGCAGCUGCGCGGCCGGCCCUGCGCCGUGGUGCAGUACACCCAGUGGCAGGGCGGCGGGAUCAUCGCGGUGAGCUACGAGGCGCGCGCCUUCGGCGUGUCCCGCGGGAUGUGGGCGACGGAGGCGCGGGCGCUGUGCCCCGAGCUGGCGCUGGCGCGGGUGCCCCAGGCGCGGGGCAAGGCCGACCUCACCCGGUACCGGGAGGCCAGCGCGGAGGUGAUGCAGGUGCUGUCGCGGUUCGCCGCCAUCGAGCGGGCCAGCAUCGACGAGGCGUACCUGGACCUGACGGGCAGCGCGCGGGAGCGGCUGCGGGCGCUGCGGGGGCGCCCCCUGGCGGCUGCGCUGCUGCCCACCACCUUCGUGCAGGGGCUGCCCGACGACCCCGGCCCCCAGCCCGGCGGGAAGGGUACGCACCGCCCCGGCCCCCAGCCCGGCGGGAAGGAGGAGCUGCGGCAACGUGGCUUGCAUGAGUGGCUGGCGUCUCUGUCCUUCGAUAACCCUGAUUGCCCUGACCUGCAGCUGACCAUGGGUGCAGUCAUUGUGGAAGAAAUAAGGGUGGCUGUAGAAGCAGCCACAGGAUUCAGGUGUUCAGCUGGGAUUUCGCACAACAAGACGCUGGCAAAACUGGCCUGUGGGUUAAACAAGCCCAACCGCCAGACACUAGUAUCUUCGCGAUUUGUCCCACAGCUCUUCAGCCAACUGCCCAUCGGCAAUAUCCGUAACCUGGGAGGCAAGCUUGGCACUGCCAUCACAGACAUCCUGGGAGUAGAGUACAUUGGGCAGCUGACGCAGUACAGUGAGACAGAGCUCCAGACCCACUUUGGAGACAAAACUGGGUCCUGGCUCUAUGACUUGUGCAGGGGAAUUGAAGAGGAACCUGUCAAAAACCGGUACCUGCCCCAGUCCAUUGGCUGCAGCAAGAACUUCCCUGGGAGGACAGCCCUGGCCACGCAGAAGGAGGUGCAACACUGGCUCCUGCAGCUGGCCUUGGAGCUGGAAUCCAGACUGAUCAAGGACAGGAGCCAGAACCACCGAGUGGCCAAGCAGCUGAUGGUGGUCAUCCGCAUGCAGGGAGACACCCGGGUGUCACGUUUUUGUGCUCUGUCCCGCUAUGAUGCCCAGAAGAUGUGCAACGAUGCCUUUGCUCUCAUCCAAAACUGCAACGUGGCUGGGGCUCAGCAGGCGGCCUGGUCUCCACCACUCAUAUCGGUGCUUCUCUCGGCAAGCAAGUUCUCAGAGCCUGCCACGCUCCUCUCUGCAGGCAUUGCCACCUUCCUGACAGGUGACACCCAGGCUGACGGCACUGCCACUGGCAGCCAAGACACCGCAUCUUCUAGGAGGCCCAGGGUUAAGUUCUUCAGGAGCCCAAGCAAAGAGCUUAGGGAAAAACCAGCUAAUGCUAUUGAGUCAUUCUUCCAAAAGGCAGCAGAAAGGCAGCAGUCACAGACGGCGGCAGCAACCAGCCUGCCCGCUGCUACCACUGCGGAGUCACCUGUGCCAAGCUCCCCAGAGCACAGAGAGAGAGAUGGCACUGGAUUUGCCUCUGUGCAGUGUGACAUAGAGUCCCCUGCCAAGCGGAGUCCCAGGGAUGGGAGCCCUACUUCUCUUUACAAGAGGCUUCCCUGUGAGAAGUUGCUGUCUGAUGCCACACAAACACCCUUGACUCCACCCAGCUCCAGGACCCUUCUGAAAUUAGAGCCAGCUAUGGAGGGAAAUGAGCAGAAUAUGCCACCCUCUCCCGAGCUCACUCCGCUCCCUCCUGCCUCGCCAGGGGACCAGCAACGCUGUGAGAAGUGCGGUCAGCUCGUGCUGGUGUGGGAAUUCCCAGAGCACAUGGACUACCACUUUGCUCUGGAACUGCAAAGCUCCUUCCUGGAGCCCAGCGCUCCCACGGCUCCAGCAGCAGCUCCCAACCCAAAGGCUGCAGGUUCCAGGUCUCCUGCCAAGGCAAAGAACAAGCCCAAGCCUCCAGCAGCAUCUAGUGCAAAACGACCCAGAGAAGGUGUGACAAGAACUUUAGAUUUUUUCUUUAAGCGCCCACCUCCUUAACUCCUAGCCAUGCUGAGAGUUUUUAAAUAAUCAGUGUUUUUAAAUACAAAGUUUUUAUACUGCCUGUCAGAUUUUAAUGCAGAAAAGUCUAAUAAAUUAUCUGUAAGUCUAA